AUGAUGAAGCGCCCGCCAAUGGCUACUGCCGCCAACUUGUUUCUUCUUCUUCUUCUCUCCUUCACAGCAGCACAGAUAGCAGCAGCCGCGCAGCAGGAGCAGCAGCAGCAGCAGCCUAUCACCUUCGGCAGCGCCAUCGCCCUCGUUCACGAGGCAUCAGGACACAAACUUUACUCGGGAAAGAUAUCAUGGGGCUCCGCUUCAGCUGGCCAGGCCGUUGUUAGCGCCUCCUCGGGCUCUGAGGGCCCCGAGUCUGUCUUCAUCGUUGAGUGCGCCAACGAGAAAGAUGUAUGGCGGGCGGGGGCCCCCGUCAAGCUGAAGAACCUUCUCCUGGGCUCAGCUCUGCAGGCGUCCAAGCAGCACGUCUUUUCGUACAACAACUGCGGUCGGGGCUGCCCAAUAGCGAGCCAUUUGGAGGUUUCUGUGUUGAAGGACGACUCAGAAUUAACAACAGCAGCACCCGAUAAGACGAAGGCCACGGCUGUGUCGGGCUUUGCCUUCGUUGUAUUGAAGGCGAAAGACACAGCGGCAUCCCUUCCGCAGGAAGAACUGACCUCCUUCAUACUGGUGUAG